CGCCAACUGCGUCGAGCCGUGGUCGGACGGAACGAUUACGCGAGACGCCAUAUUGAGGUGUUGAGAGAGAGGAGGUUGCGAGUGUGAUCGAAUGCGCGGCCUAGUAGGUGUUUACACGGUUCCGUGGCAAAAACCGUGACUGCAAAUCGUCGAUCCUACAAUUGUUACCUAGCGGCGCGAACGGUGACACGUGUAUGAUAUUUGACGCUUAGUGCUGACAUGAGUGGUAGCGACGGCGAAGAGGGUCGACGCGAGAGGAAUACCAUCAUCACCAGCAUCACCGCUACCGCCACCGUCACCGGGGAAAAGGACACGGUUGUGAUGGACGACGACGGUGCGUUGGCGGCAACAGCGGUGAAGCAACGCGUCGACGACGCGCGUUUCCCGCGCUCCGUCAACCGCCGCAAGCACGAUGACGGGAGACGGGAUGAUACCGCGCGGACGCUCUGCGACACCAACGACCACGAAGCCGAGAAAACGCGCGUGUUUCCCGGGAAAACGCGCGUCAAAGACCUCGACCUCGCCAAAUAUGAUACGGGUGAUCAAAGCUUAAUCGACGCAGUUAUUAAGAAAGUGAGAGUGUCUGAAGAAGAUCGACGUAAUUCGCCUAGAAUGAACACUGACACACUCACUAAAAUGUACUCCUCUGCAGCAGCUGUAGAUAGUUCAUCACAUUAUGGGAAAGAAUCUUGCUCUUGUAAUUCUUAUAAAGCUAAACAAGACGCAUUCAGAACAACGGAUCAGGGUGUGAUAGACGCGUUUAUCAGGGGUGCGAGAGCGGCUGAAGAAGAUCGGCGUAAUUCAUCUAGAGUAAACACUGACGCGCUUGCCAAAUUGUACUCCUCUGCAGCAACUGUCGAUAGCUCAUCCCAUCAUGGGAAAGAGUCCUGCUCUUGUGAUUCUUAUAAAGCUAAACGAGAUAUGUUUAGGGAGGAGCUACAAAAGGCUAUGAAGUUCCAGAACCUAUGGACUGAAUUGCAGCAAUAUAUACAUGCUGUAUUUAACAUCGCUCUGGAAACGGCUCGUGUGUCCGACUCUUCACAGUCUCAGUGCAGCAGACUACCUCCAAUUGACAUGCACGAUACUGUUAUUCAAUUAUGCAAAAGAGAUCCUCACCAACUAUUCAUGAGGUUAGUAAGCCAGGCGCAAGAAUUUGUGAUAGAAGUAAAAGUUCGUUUGUUUGUUCUUCUACACGAUCAUAGUGUAAACAAUUUAGCAGAAAUUUUUCUUACUGGUCUCUUGGAUGACUAUGAUGCUCUUGUAGCGACAGCAAUUUUGAUUUCUGAGUUAGUAAAACCAUUAAAAGAAUACCUCUUCAAAUUUAAUUUGACAUGGGACUGUUUUAUUAAAAAGUUAUAUCAAAUUUAUGUAUAUAAUGAUGCUUUGGUGCAAAAUAAUUUACCUACGUUUAUUGGACAGCUGAGGAAACUUCUACCAUUGAAAGGUUCCGAAUACCAAGAUCUUGUUCAUAGAUAUUUAUUUUUUGAUGACGAGAUGACGAGAAUUGGUAAUUUAUGGCCCGAGACCGAACCGUGGAUGGAUAAAUAUAAUGCAGAACAAGCAGUUCGUAUGACAAGACUUAGACAAAUUAGAGAAGCUUGGGAAUUGUUCACAACAACACGUAAGCUUAUGGAACACAGCAUGUUAAGCAAGACACCGGAUAUUGGAAAUGAUAUGCGAGAAAUUCAUGGGCAGUUUUCUUCGCUCAUUGCACAUACAUCUGGAAAUGAUAGUCGACCUUUAAGUCCACUAUUAGACCUUAAUUCGGAUUCAAUAGCUAUACCAUCGAGUAUAGAGAUAGUUCAAAUAUUGUUAGAUGAUUGGAACAAGGCCCAGCAUCAAAAAUUGGCAGACAUAGCUGAGGCAUUGACUGCUACUGAAAUGGACGCUGUUGGACCAGCUGAUUCCAUCUGUUACGAUUAUGCGCGUGCAACAUGCCGAUUGGCGCAAUAUGCUAUCAGAUCAGUCAGGAGUCACAGUGAUGAUAGUGAUAAUGAGAAUGGAUUUGAGAAUGGGAAAAAAUGCGAAUGUCAUACGUGCAAUGAAAUAAGAGUAGGCCAUGUGAGUACACAACAUAAAGUCGAAAACGUUGAGAAAAAUGAUACAAAUUCAUUCUUAUCCAGUAAUGGAUUUAUGGAUGAAUCCGUGAAUUGUACAACAACACAAAUUAAGAAGAAAUUAGACAACUCAAAUGAUGAGGAUAAGAAGAAGAAAGAAUCGGUUACACCUAGUGCUCUACGCAAAGAUACCAUAUCAAAGACAUCUGAAUUAGAACCUUGUUCAUGUGUUUAUCAACACGCGCGAGAAAUAGCGGAAAGAAAAAAGGAGAUUCUGGAAAAUCCACCUUGUCCUUGUCUGUUGAAUUCGAGGCGCAAAUGGGAUAUGUGUCCUUGCUUGCCUACAUCAGCUAUACCCGAAACACCCGUAACAAACGGUCGUCCUAAAGCAACAUCGCCGACUUCUGUCACAAAGGUUAAUCCAGAACCAAGCCAAAAACCCGCUGUAAAGACUGGUUCCACGCAAUCCGCCCAGACUCAAACGAGGCAUUCUAUGACACAAACGCCAAACGCGACUCACAAUCAUAAUAUUCAUCAUGGUAAGUGUAAUCCGCAUGCUCAUGGGCCACUACCAGAUUUGACGAAAAAUCUGAUGGGUCCAUCUCACCCCAGACUUCAUUCACUCAAUCAUACACCGCACGCAUGUCACAAGCAAGCCAAUGUCGAGCACAUCAAGAGAGUGUCGUGUAAUGAUUUGAGUUCCGGAGAUGGAGACUGUUCGGAUUCAGGGAGCAGUCAGGAGGACUCGUGUUCCACUAGUAGUUCUGCACAAAGGGAUACCAAUAUGAGACAUUGUGAUUGUUGCUACUGUGAAGUCUUUGGCCAUGGGAUGCCGGCAGUUGCACCAGUAAGUCGAAAUUAUAAGGAAAUGCGAGAACGAUUGCGACAACUCUUGACAAAAAAGAAAGCGAAAAAGUGCAAAGGUGUAGCAGCUGGCUGUAGUCCACCAAAAAGUCCAUCGGAAUCGUCAAUUUCCAAUAUCAAUUUCGAAUCCAAAAACCUGACGAGUUCGGUUCUUAGAUCGAAUACUCCAAUUUCGACGACUUCUACGAUCCAGCAUGAUCAACGAGAUCAGCGAGAUUUAGAAGAAUUGUUAGAAUUUAUCGAAGGUAAUCAAAGCGGGAAAAAAGACAAUAACAAGAAAGCCGAGAAGAAAGCAAGACAGAAACAACGAAAGCUUGAGGAAAAGUUAAAGAAAGAUAGGCAAGAAACAGAAAGACAGAAAUUAAUUGAAUUGCAGAAAAAGACACCAGAGGUUACGAUCACUGUUGUCGAUCCUCAAAAGCCUGUACCUCAAAGAUCAUUACCUCAAUGUAAUUUACCAGAAGUUUCUAUUUUACCGACAUCGUCAUCCAUAUCUCUAGGUUUGAUGAAGCAGUUAAACAAUAGAAAAAAGGAUAAACAGGAAGUUUGUAGCAAUAAUAAUAAUAGCAGCAGUAAUAAUAGUAUUAUUAAUUUAAAUAACAAGACAAAAACGGCGUCUGCGAAUUCAAAUGCGAAAAAUAAGAGUAUUAAUAGCACUGAAAAAUGCGAAGUACGAAAUACGAAUUCUAAUCAAGCCAGUAAAAAUAACGUGAAAAAUGAUAAAAUCGAAAGCAAUAAAGCUAACAAAUCAUUAGCGAAUAUUAAUACCACAUGUACGAAGAACAAUAAUUCGAGUAAUAGUACAGAUAAGUUAUCCGAUAUUGACUUAGUUGACAAGAAAUUGACAAAGAAAGAAAGAAAGAAAUUGAAAAAAGAAAUGAAGAAAUUGGAAGAAGCAAAGAUGAAGGAAACUGAGAAUGUGACACAAACGGAAUCUCAACCGCAAAUAGUUACUAUUAGAAGGGAAAUAAAUUCGAAUAGCGCUGAACCUACAGUCACGAUCACUCUGAAAGGUCAGACUCCGGCUGAGGAUAAAGUUUUAUUUACAUUAGUAAAUGGACAAACUAAAGAGCCUCCUCACAAGAUGGAACAAGAACAAAACCAAAGUAAUAAUGGAAAGAAGAAGAAAGCCAAAACGAAUAAUAAUAAUAAUAAUAAUAAUUCCCUACAACAAGGAAAUAAGUUGCAGCAACAGAAUAAUCCGAAGUCAUCACAAACUCCAUCUAAGGCAUGCGACAGUAAGAAUUUGAAGCAACAAGCAAAUAAUGACAAAUCGAAAAUUGGCAAACAAAUAGAUGAGAAAAAAGUUCAACAACAAAAUGUUGAAGCUAAAAAUUCUAAAUCGAAGAAGGAUAAAAGAAAUAUAGAGAAUAAGGAAAACGUGCUGCAACAGCAAAACACGGUGAAUAAGAAUAAGAAUCAACAAAACGCGACUAAUAAGAAGCAGAUUAAAACGAAUACACCUCCUCAAACGCCAGUGUCGCAGAAACAGCAACAGCAGAAUCAGAAUAUAACAAAUGAAUCUACAAUUAAUAAGAAAAUAAAGAAACAACACCAACAACAAGACAAGAAUGUACAAUCUAACGCCAAUAAGAGCAAUAAAAAUAUUAAUAGUAACAACGCCAACAAUAGGAAUGUAACAAAUAAAAGCGAACCUCAAAAGAAUGUAAAUAAAACGAAUUCAACUACCGCAAAUAAGCAACAACGUGUGCCUACAGAGGUCCAAAAUACAUGUAAUGAACGGGUAGGCUCGCCGUCUCUCAGUAGCCAGUUUAAAGACAUUGGGCCGAAUUCCAAGAUUAAUAUUGAGAAUCUCAAGUUACCGCCGGGCAUUACGAUCACAAAGGUCGACGCGCCGCCAAAACCACUACCGAUCAAAACGGCUCCUUUGCCGAAACCAGUGAGUCCGCCCAAACAAACCACUAUUAUUGCCACGCCAAUGAGCGGUGUUCAAUCGAGCUAUGCGAAUCCACAAGCUGGAGGAAACGUCAUUGUAGUAGACACGGGCAAGCUUAAGCAAGACUUGCUGCCGAAAGCCAAUGAGAAAGACUCGUCCAAGGAUUCUCAGUCUCAAAGUACCAGCAAGAAAAAGAAAAAGAAAAACAAGAAUUCGGCCAAUUCGGGAAGCACGGCGUCUACAUCACCACCGGUGCAAAACAGCGAUACAUUCGUGAACGAUCAUGUGAUAGAUGAACCUGCGAGAAUAUUGCACAAUCCCGGCACGAACAUGGUGACCAUCAAGAAUCCGUCGUUCGGACCAAUGAAAGUACCGCCGACGCAACAGGCGGCCAUCAUCAAGGUGUCGGAGAAUGGCAUGGUGACGAUCCGAAGUCCAGCCUUGCAGCAGGCUAUCAACGCUGGUCUGACAUCACCGCCCAAACCUGAUUAUAUUGUCAAGGGUGAUCUAUCAUCGUCAUCGUCGUCGACAGGCAGAAUGACGACGACAACGACGACAGCUGAUUGUAACACGUCGAACAUGAAACACGCGAACGGCGUUAUUCCGUCGAGUUUGGCGGAAUUGCGUAGCCGAUUGACCGCGCAACCAAUAGACUGCGCCUCAUCCUUGUCCGGGCUCGCCAACAUACAAAUCAGCAAGGUGACGAAUGGCCAACCGAUACCGGAGAACGGCAUCAACCUCAAGGGUACUAGCGUCACUCUGACAAAGGUGAGACCCGAGACGACGAGCAUGGAGGAUGCGCGGCAAGCAUCGGCGAAUAAUACCGCGGUGAAGGAGGCGGUGAUAAGCGCCAACGGCGGCGGCAAGAGCAAGAAAAAGAAAAAACGCGGAAAUGGCACGAGACAAUGCGGAGAUGACUGGAACCUCGUUGAGAGCGUAUUCACGCCCAAAGAUAUAGACGGGGACAUGGACGACUUUGAGCGUGAAUUGGAGGACUUCAAGAGGUUCUGCCAACAAUCCGUGCCACCGCCGCACAAGGAGAAGGUCAAUCUCAAUAUCAAGGAUAUCGUGUUGAAGAAGAAGUCAUCGUCGUCGGCAUCAUCGUCAUCGGCGGCGGCGGCAACCGGUCCUGCCACUGUGAUAGCGGCUAAUUGAUUUGUCGAUUAAUAUCGCGUUAUCAUUCAAAGUGCGUGAUUACUGCCAUUGCGAUGGUUCGAUGUGUGGUCUCUUGGACGCGAUCGCUUUGUGAACGAUUCGCCUCCGAUCGUCAUUGAUGAUUUCGCGUUUUCAAAGAAAGACGGAUGUAUAAUGCCUUCGUAGCUGAAUAUAAUCAUUAGUGAUUCUAAAUGAAAAAAAAAA